GAACCGCCAUUGGCUUCUCUAUAUAAAAUUUGCAAACAGAAAUUUCCAUGAAGGUCGCCAUAAAAACUAAACUGCGGAAGGUUUAUAAUUUACUGAUACGCUUGCAGAAGUGCCAGUCCAAGCUAAAUGGAUUGGGAGGAAGGCGCGGAUGGGAAUGACGUUGCAAAUGUAAAUGGUGGGGGUGUGAUGGGCAGUGAGCAAAUGGAUGUGGAGGCAUACGCCGCUCUUUACAGUGGGAGAACGAAGAUCAUGAGGCUGAUGUUCAUAGCGGACAGGUGUGGAAAUGAAAGCAUGGGCUUGGAAGCCCUGCGGAUGGCCUACCAUGAAGUUAAGAAGGGCGACAAUACGGCGUUGCUCAAAGAUGUGCUGCACAAGCUCGAGACCAGACUCGGCCCCUCUUCUCCCUUCUCACUCUCCAACGAGCACGACUGGAUGGACGCUGUCGACCGCCGUGCUCAACACCGCAAAGAAAAGCUCGACAACGAACUCAAUGGAUAUAAGACAAAUUUAAUAAAGGAGAGCAUUCGGAUGGGAUACAAUGAUUUUGGGGACUUCUUCUACGCGCAUGGCAUGCUGGGAGAGGCCUUCAAGAACUAUGUGAGGACUCGUGAUUACUGCACCACAUCAAAGCAUAUAAUCCAGAUGUGCCUCAAUGUGAUCUUGGUAAGCAUCGAAAUGGGGCAGUUUGUGCAUGUCUCCAGCUACGUUACCAAGGCCGAACAGACCCAGACGCAAUCUCCCGACCUCCAAGACAACCUGCUCCCCGCAAAGCUCAAAUGUGCUGCUGGACUUGCCCACCUCCAUGCCUCCAAAUACAAGCUAGCUGCUCGCAAGUUUGUGGAGACAAGCAUUGAUCUUGGAAACAAUUACACAGAAGUUAUUGCUCCACAAGAUGUUGCCACAUAUGGAGCACUGUGUGCACUUGCAUCAUUUGAUAGAUCAGAACUUAAGAAUAAAGUUAUAGACAACAGCAAUUUCCGGAAUUUCUUGGAACUGGUGCCUGAAGUAAGGGAACUUAUUCAUGAUUUCUAUUCAAGUCGAUAUGCAUCAUGCUUGGAAUAUCUCCAAAAUCUCAAAUCAAACUUACUACUUGAUAUACAUCUUCAUGGUCAUGUAGAAACACUAUAUGAUCAAAUUCGGCAUAAAGCACUAAUCCAGUAUACGAACCCUUUCAUAUCAGUUGACCUCCAUACCAUGGCAAAUGCAUUCAAGACAAGUGUGGGUGGUCUUGAAAAAGAGCUUGAGGCUUUGAUAAUGGAUAAUCAAAUUCAGGCCCGCAUUGAUUCGCACAACAAGAUCUUAUAUGCUCGCCAUGCUGAUCAGCGGAAUACAACAUUUCAGCGUGUUUUACAAACUGGAGUCGAAUUUGACAGGGAUGUACGGGCGAUGCUUUUGCGGGCUAAUCUAAUGAGGUCAAUUUCUUCAGAUGAGGAUUUAGGAGGUUGCUCCGUCCCAAGGUUUUCAAAACUGGGAUCCUCUGCCGGUCUUAAUUAGUUUUGAAUAUAUACUUCCAAAGGCGGUUUCUUUGUUUGAACUUGAAAUAAAAAUUGGUCAUGGCAUCCCAAUGCUUUAAUUAGCGAUGUUAUAUGAUGUUCCCAUUGGAACAAAACAUGAAUGCUCAGAUUUAUUCAUCUAUUGUCUGUAGUUGUUUUGAAGUUUGGCAUCUUUGAUUCGAAGUUGAAUUGUGAGGGGCUAAAACAUUAUUGCUGAUUUGAGUUGAGUAUAUUCUGAGUGUUUUUGUGAUGAAAAUGCUUUUUAUUGGGUAUCUAAUCAGAAUGCAGUUGGAUGCUUUAUUUUUA